AUGGCGAGAAUCACCGGCAGAACUACUACUACCUGUGGCGAUUUCAAUCCAACACCGACAUGGGAAGAACUCAUGCACAGCAAAAACUUGGACGAACAACUAGAGCCUGAGCUGAAUCUCGAACUUCGGAAGUUCAUCCUCCACUUGAAAUUUAAAAACGCCUCCGACUACCAAGUUCGUGCCUACCUCUACGCCCCCUCCAGUGCCCUCCCUUCUGGCGUCCUCCUCAGCAGCGACAGCCUAAUAAAGGCGACCAACUGGAUUGGCUGUGUAACCGUCACAUCGGAUUAUGUGAGCCGAACGACCGGACGGCGAGAGAUCUACGUUGUCUGGCGUGGCACCAUCCAUAAUCCGGAGUGGAUUACGGAUUUUGAGGGAGCUUUCAAGAGCAAACCCGUCCGUGAUUUGCUGAAGAUCAGUACAAGAUCAGGUAGCGACGAACCGACAGUCCACGGAGGUCGGUUUGAUAUGUACACCAGGGAAACCGAUGACGAGAUCGUCCCAGGUGAAAUCAUCGGCGAUGAUAUAAUUCCUCCUGUAUCCGCCGUCGUUUUCGGUUGUCUACAUGUGAGCAAUAAGGCGUUCAAGGAAAGUGUGGAAGGUCAUUCUAACCUUAAAAUUUUGCAUGAAAAGAACAUCAAGGAUCUCAUACCGUAUUUCCCUGGCUUGCUUUUUCCUGAUAAUUUCGUUCCAACAUCUACGUCUGAGUUAAAUGUGAGUACAUGGAAGUCGCCGUACUUGGAGAAUCCUCCUGAACUGGAGAACUUUCCGGAAAAGAUCAGUGACUCUUGGGAUUUGUUGAGAAACGGUGACAAGUUGGGACUAGUUUCCAAUCAGCACAGCUUGGAGGCAACGUUGCAUGUUGUGGCUUAUUGGAAUGAUGUGAACAAGGAGUUCGAGAAUAAACCAAAGGUCGAAAGGAGCUUGGCUUUGGUGAACAAGUGUGGUAAUUAUCUAAAGGCUGACGAACAUGUACCCGGAGGGUGGUGGAAAGAUAAAAAAAAGGAUGCUGUUUGUUGGAAGUUAAACUUGUUUUUGGGCAUAAUGUUAAUUGAUUUUUGA